AACUCCACGAGCGACCAUGCCGAAGUUCGCCGUCCUGAGUGAAAGUCCGCAGUUCCAUCAAGCGAAGACAACCAAGCGAGCUUGCCAAUCCCCAAUCUCGUCAGAAGAUGAGUUCGACUUUGAGCCCCGCAAGCGAUCUAAGAACGCCCAGCAAAAGCCACGAGUGAUCAAGAAGGUGAUCACGGCAAAAGUGGCCAAGUCCAAAUCCAAGCGCCUGACAUCGAGUAGCACUGGAGCAAACACACGAAGGGCGGAUGCGCAACCGUCGUCGUCGCCCAAGUUUGUGUGGUACCUCAUGCAUUGCCUCAAGGAAAGCGUGCAGUCCACGAUGAGUUUCGAGUAUGGCUUUGGCCAAGGCAGCAUCGUUCCGUUGCCUACUUCUUCAGAGUGGACCAGUGAACAGACGAGUCAAUUUCGCGAGUGGCUGGAGGCCUUGGGCUUUGUGUCGCGACCUACCGUGAACUCGACGGUCUUUCGCAUUGCAAACAAAGACGCGCUGAGCAUUGUACAGCGGUUUUCCAGUCAAAUAUCGUCCAACCCAUCCAACACGCAAGCAUUGCUCGCUCAAAUGAAAGCUCCCAUCGAGGACGACAACUUGACGUUUGCUACAGCGACCGAAACACCCAAGAAACAGCGCAGCGGGUUCGACAACUACACCCGGCGGGCGCCACCAUCCUCCAGCAUUAUCACGACCUUGCAUCCAAUCAGUCGACGUCCGCCGCCGCCGUCGUCGUUGAUGUGGGGCUCUCCCAUCCCAACUGUCAGCUCUCGUCCGACGUACAACCACUCGCGGCUAUCAUCCUCAUCGAUCGAUUCAAUCGACUUGAACAACUUGCCAAGCUCCACGCGUCGCCUCAGCAUCUGUUCCAUCGCAGAAGAAGAGCUAUCUCAAAGCAGUAGCCACGGCAGCCACAACCGUAGCACCCAUCAUGAUCCCAAACAGUCGGCCGGGAUCGACUUCUCCAACGACGACUCGGACAUGGUCCGUCGCAGCAGCAUCGACUCGCUCGACUUAGACGCCAUCCAUCCCAACUCCGCCAGUGCCAAACGGUUGAGCUUUGGCGACUUUUUCCAAGUGCCCCCGCAGCUGUCGGCCUCCCGCUUGAGCGUCCACGAAGAGAGCAGCAGCAUGGACCUGCUCAACGUAUCGCGGGAAAAUGUGGUCGUCCAAUCAAAGAAGACGCGCAACCACCUCCGCCGAUUGUCUCGCUUUGACGUGGUCCGGUCCACCGAUCGCCGACUGUCGCUCUUUGUGGCUCCAAAAGUUGCUGCUACUAUGCCUCAGGCGGACAAAGCGGACCAUGUGGUCAUGCCACGUCACGUCGCGUCCAUCGUCCUCGCGUCGCAACUGGUCGAGAUGGUGCCUGCCGUUUCGCUGGUGUGCAAACAAUGGCAUCAACUCUUCCACGAGGUCUUGGCAUGGAACCAAGCGGAUUAUCACCGGCAACCCGUGGACGAAAACGCUGCGACACUGUACAAGAAUCUGCCGUGGGGUCAAUACUUGUCGGAUGGCGCGUACAAGCAAGUGUUCAAGGUAUAUUCCAAGCCGGACGACCGAUAUGAAGCCGUGAGUGUCAUGGACGUGCAUCACAUCGAGUCCACGGGCAACGAGCACAUCGUACGCCAAGAAAUUGCGCACUCGUUGCUGUUUUCCCACUUGGCCACUACCCAUCCAAACUUUCUGCGCAUUUACUCUGUGUUUCUCAUGUCAACUCCGCCGGACGAGGCAAUAUGGGGUUCGUCGGCUACCCCGACGCCCCAGGGGUUGACGUUUGACGCUGGAGUUGCUCCUCCGAGCUGUCUGUUGGGCACCAAGAACCACAAAAAGACAAGGGGACUGUACCAGUACAUUCGCAUGGAGUUGUGCGACGGAGGGAAUGUUGAAGAUUACUUGCGACUUGACGGCACGACCAACCUCGUCCACGGCUGGUCCAGCUUGUUCUUUCAAAUGGUGUACGCGUUGUACGCUGGUCGGGUACACCACCAACUCCGCCAUUACGAUGUCAAGCUGCUCAACUUUUUCUUGCAAUCCACGACUGGACGACGGACGCAAGACGAUCCGCCUCAUACAAUUGCUUACGCGUUGGAACACAAACUUGUCAAGUUGACGUCGCCAUAUUGGGUAAAGUUGGCAGACUUUGGCACGGCGGACACGGACGCGACGACGUUUGGACUGCCCAUCGGCGUCGAACAUUUUACGACGUUGGAAAACACGCCGAUGGAUUUCUUUUUGCGUGGGGAUGCAGCCGUCCAAGGCUACGCCGCCGACGCGUUUUCGUUGGGGUUGGCCCUCUUGCAUUUAGUCACUGGACGGGCACCGUACGAAGAGUUGCUGGAAGAUGUCGUGUGUCCACCGGGGCUGAAACGUUCGUUGCUGGCCGUGUGGAAGAAAAAGCAUGGUCGAGGAACAACCGAGUCUUCGUUCUUGGUGCUGCAGCAGCAACUGUCUGUAUCGAAAGAGAAUGCAGCCGUGCUAUGCGACACUGUGUACCGCUUGGUGGUAUUGUUUGGGCUGGAUCAGCUGGACAGCGCGUCGUCGGUUGUGAGUGCGCUGCUGCUGCAGCAGUUGGCCCCGUCUCCCAAGAAACGUCAUGCGACGCCGGCCCAGCGGCAGUUUGAAGUGGACGUGAGCAUGUACUCGGUGGCGUCGGGGGCGUCCGGCCCCAUCGCCCUCGCCCGCCGCCGCCUCCAAGCCACCCCCGGCGCCAUGGACGUGUUUCGAAGCCUCGUGCAUUUUGACCCAGCGCAACGCCCGACCAUGUCGUCGGUGCUCCAAAGUCGGAUGUUUGACGCCCUAUGUGAGGACAACUCGGAUGGACGAGCUGUCGCCACCGUCGCCGCGUAUGGAGGCGCCCGAUUGCUUGAUAUUUAAGACCGCUCUGUGGUACCUACCUAGUGUAGUUACUAGGCUAAGUGUAAGUGUAUAUAUACAUCGAGAAACACGUGACUACUGUAG